AAGCGGGUGGGGGUGUUUCCAUAGAGUCCAGCCUAGAACAGACCUUCGCUGCUCUCCUUUUCGCGAAUCGCGACGCUUUUGCGACGUUGGUGUUGCGUUUGCGGCGGCCGUGGCGGCGCUGCUUGACGGGAAGCCGGUGGAAACGAGCGGUGAGCGGGGCGGAGGGAGGCCGGCCGGAGAUGAGGCGGCAUCGGCUGCGGUGAGGCCGGGCCAGGAUGAGGCUGAGCACGCAGGCCUACUGCAAGAUGGUGCUGCACGGCGCCAAGUACCCGCACUGCGCCGUCAACGGGCUGCUGGUGGCCGAGAAGCACCCGCCGCCCCAGCAGCACCAGCACCGCGGCGGGGGCCGCGACCGGGAAGGGCCGCCGCCUCCUUCGCCGCCUCCCCGCACGCUCUUCGUGGACUGCAUCCCGCUCUUCCACGGCACCCUCGCCCUGGCGCCCAUGCUGGAGGUGGCGCUCACCCUGGUUGAUUCAUGGUGCAAAGAGAACAGCUACGUAAUAGCCGGAUACUACCAAGCUAAUGAGCGUCUGAAGGAUGCCAGUCCAAACCACAUCGCUGAAAAGGUUGCCUCCAGGAUUGCAGAAGGUUUCAAUGACCCAGCACUCAUCAUGGUGGAUAAUACCAAAUUUACAAUGGAGUGCAUAGAACCGACGCUUCACGUAUACGAGCAUCACGAAAACAAAUGGAGAUGCAGAGACCCACACUUUGAUUACUGUGAGGACUGGUCAGAAGCCCAGAGAAUAUCCGCCUCGCUCAUGGACAGCCGGUCCUAUGAAACACUAGUGGAUUUUGAUAAUCACUUGGACGACAUCCGGAACGAUUGGACAAACCCAGAGAUUAACAAAGCCGUCCUGCACCUGUGUUAGGAGGGCAUCCACUGACUUGACUUACUGGCAUUUCCACUGUGCUGAAGAGGAAACGUUGGGGGGAUAGUUUCUGAAUGUACAUAGAUUACCCGUGGUUCCUUUGUGUGGAAAGCCCAUGAGGGGAUGCAUCACUUGGGAAAGGAGGUAUCCAUAUAUGCAGUCAAAUCUUUUUAAUGAGAAUCCUUGGGAUGCAGGUGACCACUUCUUCCCUGGACUUGCUCCUCCUUGUCCUAAUCUGUUGCUGUCACCCUCAGGCCAGAUCCACUUGUCCAAACUAUUCCUAUUAAAAAGUUUUGACUCAUCUUUUAUAACCUUUAGAGAGUAAUUUUUAAAAGAUUUAUGAAAUCUCUUGGAAGAGCGUAAUCACUAAUUUUAUUUUUAACAAAUCUAAUCUUCAGCUGUAAAUGAAAAAUUGUGAUUGGGUUGAUGGCUGUCAUUCUAAGCGCUAAUUGCUGGAGAUUAAAUACCACUCACUUGUUGCCAUAACGUGCUGCACAGGAACAAAAGAAUAGGUUGACAAGCAAUAUGUCCCCAGAUGCUGCGAAGUUCCCCAGUUCUGGGAACACCACCGGUUGUUGCUUUUUUCCUCUGCCCGUCAAACUCAAAAGUGAUGCACCAGGCUUCAUCUUUACUGGUUUGUCUGCUCCGUGGAUUUGAAGCAUGAACGGAAUGGCCAGUGAAGCCAAGGCCAGCCGUAAGAGAGAGUUGCAGGUUCAGUCUGGAGUUUUUGUCCGUGUGCUUCUCGAAACCCUGAGGUUAGAAAUGUCUCGUAACUUCUUCCAUGCUUGAUGGUUGUACAAAUGCGCACCUGUGUGGUAAGAGGGGUUGCAGCUGCGGGUCUGGAGUUCCUGAACUGUGUGACUUAAUUGGAUGCAUAUAGACGUAGUUACACACGUAAGUCGCUCUAGCCUCAAGCUCACAUGCUCUGUGGUUUGCACAGGCUAGGAUCAAGCCAGGGCUUGGGGAUCGUGCUACAAACCUGGAGCCAAAUGUCUUGAUUUCCCCUUGCACAUGGAGGCAGGUGGGGACCGUGUGAGCCUGAGGUGCAUGCCUGCCCUGGCUCAUAAUGGCAGAACCAUGGUUUGCCAGCCAUUGGGUGGGAGCCUGGGCGUGUAAAAGAAGAGCAGGCUUGUCCAAGGGUUCCUCCUGAGAAACCGAACACAACGGACACAACUCCUGUCUAAGCUGCAGUGAAGCCGUUAGAGCUAUACAUCAGCAAAGGCGUUGGUCUCCUGCGGGAAGCACUCCUGGCUGCAAGCGCGCCAAGGCUUGGAUCCUAAACCGUGUCCUGCUGAUGGAAUCCAGUCUCCAAGACAGGGCUUUUCUGUCUCCCUCUUCCAGUGUUCCCUCGAACAGGGAUCCCCAGAUGUUGUGGACUACAACUCCCAGAAUCCCCAAGCAAAAGUCUUUGCAGCUGGGGAUUCUGGGAGUUGGAGUCAAGGGAAUCCCUGUUCGAGGGAACACUGCCUCCUUCCCUCUGCAAAAUCAGCCUCGAAAGGUGGCAGGGCCUUCUGGAACAGAACGGCCAGCAGCACAAGGGGGCUGGCUGUGGCGGGAAGAGGAAUUGGCAAGAAGAGUCUCUUCCCUCCUCCCCCCACCUCCCCCCCCCAUAUGGAAGUGCCUUCCAUUCACACAAAAGCAAAGUAGGGUCUAAGCCAUUGUCUCUUGCAGCCUUCUUAAAACUGGGUUUAAAGCAUUACACUCUGCCCGGACUCAAUCCCGUCCAUUCAGAAUAGGGUUGUACUGUAAUGAUCUUGUCGUACAAAGGAGUCUAAACGUUAGUACUGUUAGUACUGCUUGCGUGUGUCACUGUAGUGUUUGUUUCUUCAUAUGCAAAGUGGGCCUCUUGAUGGAGAGGGGGCCUCGCGGCUUCUCCUGGUUGUUUUGUACAACGCUUUGUUUUGUUUUUGCUUUCUUUUCUACUCCUCUGGACCCUGUGUUAGCCUAACCUUUAUUCAUAACACAUCCUGCAUCUUAAGCAGUAAUGUCUUGAGGAUUUUCGGUUGGAAGGAAAAUGUUUAGCUGACCACCUGCUGUUGCUUGCUUCCCCUGCCCCCUCCACAUUACCUUGGAAAUAAAAUGGAUGAAACAAG